UCUACUCUUUGGCUUGAAUUGGAUUUUUGGUACAGCAUGAAUGCUUUCACGGCUCGAGCAAUUUUUAAGUUAAGCGAUGCUAUAAUUUUUUCGCGACGCGUCAAAAGCGAUGGUUGUGGGAAAAAGAAAGACACCUGUGGCGACAAGAAGAAGGAUGAUGGAUGUGGCGAUAAAAAAGGUGGAAAAAAGGACGGGAAAAAGGACGUGUGUGGAAGAAAGAAACUAAAUACUGCACCCGCUUGUGGCAAAAAGAAUGGAAAGGACGGCAAAGAUGGCAAGGGUGGCAAGGAUGGCAAGGAUGGUGGCUGCCCCAAGAAGAAGUAACUUCUGUUCAGCAUCAGAACCAUAUACAUACAUUGAAAUAACAGUCAGAACAAAAUACAAGCAUAAAAUUCCAGUCUCCCAAAUCCCCCAUCGUCCGGCCAUCCAAACAAAUAAUUAUGAACCAGAGUGCAGCCAACUGUUUGCUUCGGCAAUGCCGCCAAUUCUUUGUCCAGCCGUUCAGAUUGAAACACGAGAAGCAAAGUAUUGAGGUCAGUAAGAUAGUUACGUGCAUAACUGAUCUAAUUGCGAAAUGUGGAUGCUUCUCAAGAACCACCAAUCAGUCCAGAGCUUCCGAUGUUAAGGACGAUCCAACCGAACAGCCCUAUCCAAUCGACUCUCAUGGGAAAGAGUUGGCAAAUAUGCGCAAAGGUGGCCGUAGGCUACGGAUCACGAUGAACCCUGUUAAGCAUUCGUUUAGUAGGGAGCGUCUAAGGAUCGAGUCCUGCAAGCUUUUAGGUCCACGUAUACAGAUCAGCGCUCGAAAGGAACGUAAAGGAGAUGCUGCCAGUGGCCCCCAAACAGAGCAGCCGAUUCCAAUGGAGUCCUACAGACGACACAAGCGUCCUCAACAGCGUCCUCAAAAGCCUCCAACACCCAAUCCAAAUAAUAGGAAGAGCAGACGAUGAAGGGAUCCCGAACCAUUACUCAUAGCUGAGUCAGCACAAAAACCCCGACAGCCCAUAAAAAAAAACGCGCAGACAUUAUAAAGACAUAAAGCAACAACUAAAAUCGGCACAUAAAAUAGCUGACGAGGGCCGUUCGCUUGUAAAACAAAUUCUGAACAACACAAGGUGAUAAAAAUCCUAACUCGGCGACGCAACCCACCAUUUGCCGCAAUCUCUCGCCGUUCCAUCGAUAUUUUAUAUGGACAGGCUGACGCCUUUGUUGUUGCAUAUGGCCGGCCGAUCGCGCAGACAUGCAAUACAUACAAUUUCUACAUACAACAAUACACAAAAUUCUGGAAAAUAUAUAUAAAGUAUAAUAAGAUAAACGA